AUGGCCAAACUUACAUUUAGGAAUGGAGCAUUGGCUCUUGUUGUGGCAUUGUUGGUUGUGGGAUUGGCUGAAAGCCGAAAGUUGGAGAAGGAGACUCUUGGUGGAGGUUUAGGAGGCGGAGGUGGUUUAGGAGGUGGUGGUGGAUUAGGUGGCGGAGGUGGUUUUGGAGGUGGUGGUGGAUUAGGGGGCGGAGGUGGUUUAGGAGGCGGUGGUGGAUUAGGGGGUGGAGGUGGUUUAGGAGGCGGUGGUGGAUUAGGGGGCGGAGGUGGUUUAGGAGGCGGUGGUGGAUUAGGGGGCGGAGGUGGUUUAGGAGGUGGAGGUGGAUUAGGAGGCGGAGCUGGCGGAGGUUUUGGAGGUGGAGCUGGUGGUGGUGGUGGAGCCGGAGGUGGAGUUGGUGGAGGAUCAGGAGGUGGAUUUGGAGGUGGCAAGGGAGGUGGAUUUGGAGGCGGAGCUGGUGGAGGAGUAGGAGGUGGAGCUGGUGGAGGAUCAGGAGGUGGAUUUGGAGGUGGCAAGGGAGGUGGAUUUGGAGGCGGAGUUGGUGGAGGAGUAGGAGGUGGAGCUGGUGGUGGUGGUGGAGCUGGUGGAGGAUCAGGAGGUGGAUUUGGAGGUGGCAAGGGAGGUGGAUUUGGAGGCGGAGCUGGUGGAGGAGUAGGAGGUGGAGCUGGUGGUGGUGGUGGAGCUGGUGGAGGAUCAGGAGGUGGAUUUGGAGGUGGCAAGGGAGGUGGAUUUGGAGGAGGAGUAGGAGGUGGUGGUGGAGCAGGAGGUGGAUUUGGAGGAGGAGUUGGAGGUGGUGGUGGAGCAGGAGGUGGCCAUGGAGGCGGAGCAGGAGGCGGUUUCGGAGGAGGCAAAGGAGGUGGAUUCGGAGGCGGAGUUGGAGUUGGUGGUGGUGGUGGUUUUGGAGGUGGAGCAGGUGGAGGAGGAGGCUUUGGUGGUGGCAGAGUCUAA